AUGGCGCAGUCGCCAACCCUCCUCAAGGAGGAAACUCCAGAUCACCAAGAUCCUUCCCAUUCGACCGGUGCAAGUAACAGAGAGAAACACCGUCCAAAAUCGAGGGGUUCGACUACCAGCCUGCAAUCGGUCGGCGUGGGCAGCGCCUUCCGACCACCUGCACAACAGCACCCACAACAACAGCCGGACGAGCCGAGCAUGCCUUUAGAUCAGAACAGCUUCUUUAUGCAGCACGGCACUCAUCCAGCUGCCGGACUGUAUGGUCAUAAUCCUGAAGAAAUGCUCAUGCACUACCAACACAAUAUCCCACCGCAUCUUCAACAACCAAUAGACCCCAACACAGGAAUGCCACAACAUGAGAUGCGUCCCCUGUCACAACAAGCAUUCCAGGAGAUGCAGCACUACCCUAUGCAAUAUCCCCAUGGCCUACCGCAAUAUGCUGUCGGCCCUCAACAUAUGCAUCACAUGCGCCAUCAUUCUGAACAAUUUGAAGGCUCUCCCGCGCCAGAAGAUUCAAACAACGAAAAUGGUGGCGCCAAACGUAGAAAGGGUAUGGCGUCAAGCGUGGCUAACGACCAGGAAUUGCGGAGACUGCUGGUACAGUACCAAGGCAAGAGUCUCAAAGAAGUGGCUGUGGAAGUUCAAAAGAAUGAAGGCGCCGGAGGCAAAUCUGAGAAAGCAAAACAGGUCUUUGCUAUGCUUUGGUACACUGAACGCUGUGGCAACGAGCGAGUUCCGACUCUAAACCCCGCGUCGUUCGGGAAACUUGUACGCAUCAUUUUUCCAAAUGUCCAGACAAGAAGACUAGGAGUACGGGGCGAAUCGAAAUAUCACUACGUGGAUCUAUCGUUAGUGGUGGACGACGAUGAUCGACAAUAUGUUCCUGCGCCCGAAAGACCCGGAACAUCGAGCGGCCAGCAUGAACGGCACGGAUCAGUCCAGGAAGCAAACAAUUUUCUCAAGGCCAACGUGACCCCUCCCAUUGACCGACCUAUGUCACGAGCAACAAUGGAGACAGCCGACUUCCCCGCCCCGAGCGCUGCGUUCCUGUCCAAGGAAGCUGAUGUUUCUGGGGACGGUAUGAACGCCCCUGUAGAGUCUGCGACUGAGCGACUGGAUUGCAAGUACAUCAACACGCCAACCAUCCGCUUCCCCGUCAAAUCCAUGCCUACGAACGUCCUUGUAGCGCUUCCUUCAAUUCGACGAGAUUUACCUGCCAGCAUGGCGGCUUACCUGGGAAUGCCAACGCUCAAUUCACUUUCUCAGCCGUCUACCUCGUCGCAAGAUACCCCCAUUGACUUUCCUGAUAUCCAUCCUUAUCUUGAAGGAGAGACUUAUGACGCAUCCAUCGCCAAGGCCUUGUUCCAUCUCUAUCGUUCGUACUGCAUCGACGUGAUCGACGCCUUUCGCAAAUGCAAAGAGAAGCCAUUCUUCAACCACCACUCAGCCUUCAAUGGGAAAAUGACUGUCCCAGUCUCCAAACUAUUUUCGAUGCCCUGCUUGGCUCCUUGGAUUCAGGAAUGCGAUAUGCGAAUGUAUAAGCAGAUUGUCCGGUUUAUUGCUCCUUUAGCAAUACAGAACGUGCCUGAGGUUGUGUGGAAUGUGUUUGACCGCAUCGGGUCGAGACUGAUCAGCCACCUCAUCUCCGCCUUUGAAGAGAAGUGCCCUGUUCACGUUAUCGUUGCGAAGAUUGUACCUGCAUCCAGAUUCGUGCAUGUACUGAAGAAGCUUAAGAGCGCGAACGCAGCUACCUUACAACUGAGUCGCAUGCUUGAGGACCCGCAACAGAGAACUCAGAUGUGGCUCGAUUUGAUGUCUAUGGUUGAUCCUGAUCGCCUCCUAGAGGAUAGCAUGCCACCGCCUGAAAGUCUCGAGAAGAUGCAGGGCAUGCUGAAGCACGACAUGAGACUUCUCGUUGAUCCAAUUGAUGAUGCAUUGGUUCACGCAGCGGAGGACGACCGGGCUAGCGCAUACGCGACCUUUAUCCACGACAGCGCCGAUUCUUGCGACGGCAUUCUGCUCCCGGAACCCAGCGGUGAACCUACUUCUUUGCUCGAGCGUUGGAUCAAUUGGGUGGAGCGAUUGCCUCAACUCUUCGACGGCCAUCACCCCCAGUGCAUGAUCAAUUGGCACACCAGAUUUUGGAGAAGCGUCAUGAUGCAAAUGGGACAGGGUGGCGCACAUAGCUAUCAAUCGUGGUGGUUCGUAGAGUCAUUCACCACACAGAUGCUCGACUGGAUGACGCAGAUGGAAGGAUUGCUAAUGGACUCGCAGAGCCAGAAGUCCGCAGACGAGAGAGAGCAAGAGAAGCGUAAGGAGGCCCACCCUCAUCCAGACGCACUUUUUCGUGGCACAAAAAGAAAGAGGGUAGCCGAAGAUGGUGACGGGGACGCCAAUGCUUUAGGUGGACCCGAGUUGCACAAGUCGGCGAAAGUGGAAAUGGCUCCCACAAGCUCACCGACCCUUCCAGCGGCCAGUCUGGAACAGCAAGCGAACCAGGAGGUCGAGGACGACGAAACCGACGCAGAACUUGACGAACUACGGCGCGGCGGCCCUUUAGACCUGCCUAGCUUUCACACCGGCCUGAGCAGUCCAGUCAAGCACCGCGGUGCCGGUAAUCACGACGAUAGUGGGAUCGACCUUGGGCUUGAUGUCGACGUGGAAACUGACAAAGAGGCCAGAAAGUUUAACAAGCGAGACUGGCUCCUCAGCAGUGAUCCAGCCGAUCCAGCCAUGGGGCUGGUCGUGUUGGCUUAG